UUAAGUUCCUGCAUUCUCCAAUCCAUCACUUUCUCCUUUUCCUCGUGUUCACAAAAUCACGCUGCUUAAUUAUUCCUUCAACUACCAUCAUAUCAUACCUUCUCAACAGAAAAAUAAAAAUAAAAAUGAGAUACAUCCUUGGAGAACACAACAUUCUGUUCCUCAAAAGCUUCGCCUUCACGAUAUUAUUCCUUAGUUGCAUAGCCAUUCGGCUUAACUUGUGUCUUUCCAGCAUCCCUUCUUCACUGAAAUCAAUUCCCCUUGAAGGGCAUUUAAAACUUGAUCAAGUUAGCCUAAGCCAUGCAGCAAGGGACUUUGGCAACAGGUACCAAUAUAAUCCAAUGGCAGUGCUGCAACCAGAAUCAGUUUCUGAUAUUGUAGCCACCAUAAGGCAUAUCUGGCUGAUGGGUCCUGGCUCCCACCUCACCAUUGCAGCGAAGGGCCACGGCCACUCGCUGCAGGGUCAGGCUCAAGCCCAUGGAGGACUUGUGAUCAACAUGGAAUCACUCAAGGUCCCAGAAAUGCAGAUACAUGUUGAUGAGGGAAACAAGUCUCCUCCAUACGUGGAUGUCUCAGGUGGCGAGUUGUGGAUAAACAUAUUGCAUGAGACUCUAAGAUACGGCUUGGCGCCAAGAUCGUGGACAGACUACCUGCAUCUCACAGUUGGUGGCACUCUCUCCAACGCUGGUGUCAGUGGUCAGACAUUUAGGCAUGGUCCCCAGAUAAGUAAUGUACAGCAGCUCGAGAUUGUUACAGGAACAGGGGAGGUGUUGAACUGUUCCGCGGAGAAUAAUGGGGAUCUCUUUCAUGGUGUUCUAGGGGGGCUUGGCCAAUUUGGCAUUAUAACCCGGGCAAGAAUUGUCCUAGAACCAGCACCUACCAUGGUAAAAUGGAUUAGAGUGCUGUACUCAGAUUUCACAGCAUUCACAAGAGACCAAGAGAGGUUAAUAUCUGCAGAAAAGACUUUUGACUACAUUGAAGGAUUUGUGAUAAUAAACAGAACUGGUCUUCUAAAUAACUGGCGAUUAUCCUUCAACCCACGAGACCCGGUCCAAGCUAGUCAUUUCAAGUCGGAUGGAAGAACUCUCUUCUGCCUUGAAAUGGCCAAAUACUUUAACGUGGAAGAAAUCGAUGCAGCAAAUCAGGAAGUUGAGGAACAUUUGUCCCGUUUAAGCUACAUCCCAUCAACUCUUUUUUCAACAGAAGUCACAUUUGUAGAUUUCUUAGACAGGGUGCACAUAUCCGAGGUCAAGUUGCGUUCAAAAGGCUUGUGGGAUGUUCCACAUCCAUGGCUCAAUCUUCUAAUACCCAAAAGCCAAAUACUCAACUUUGCACAAGUCGUCUUCGGGAACAUCCUAUCAGAAACUAGCAACGGCCCCGUCCUUAUCUACCCAGUAAACAAAUCAAAGUGGGACAACAGAACUUCUGUUGUGAUUCCAGAGGAAGAUAUUUUCUACUUAGUGGCAUUUCUUACAUCUGCAGUUCCAUCUUCAAAUGGAACUGAUGGCCUAGAACACAUACUAAGUCAGAACAAAAGAAUAUUAGAAUUCUGUGAAAGAGCACAACUUGGAGUGAAGCAGUAUUUGCCCCACUACAACACACAGCAAGAAUGGAGGGCCCAUUUUGGUCCUCAAUGGGAGACUUUUCUGCAGAGAAAGUCCGUUUAUGAUCCAUUAGCAAUACUCGCCCCUGGCCAACGUAUAUUUCAAAAAGCAAUAACCUUCUCAUGACCACAUUUUUAUUAUUAAUUAUUAAAAAUCUGAAAAAAAAAAGAGAAGAAAAGUCCUUCAUGGCAUGUGCCAAAAUGAAAAAAAAAUGUUAUAUGAUCCAGACAGGUUUUGACAUUGACCAUACAGAAUGCAAUUGCAAAGGAAGAAGGUUCAUUGAUAGUAGAGAAAAAGAGGGAGAAAAAGAGAUUACAAAAUGAUGACUGGUGAGAUUUGUAUGCCUUGCAGGUUAAUGAGGAAAGUUGUCAGUGUAUGUAGGUAUGUACCAUUACUGAUGGAAAAAUUGCCUUACGUGCUGAGUGUAGCACCAAGGCAGCAGGGUCCGGCUGAGAUUAGAUCAACAAAACACAUUAAUCAUUGUAGGGUUUCCAAAGAACUUAUAAAUAUUAUCAGCGCUAGAGCCAAUGUAUAGUACUAUCAAUUUUGUAAACACUCCCUUAUUUGUUCUCUGUCUCACAUGUAUCCAAAUUCAUUAAGAUUAUAAUUAAAUACAGAUAUUUAUGCAUC